CACAAUGGAGAUGCAGGAGCUGGAACUAACCAUCUCGGCGGAGGAAAUAUGCCGCACCUGUCUGGCUGCGGCCGAUCGAACGCAGCUUAAACCGAUAUUUUGUAAUGAAAUUUUGGAUGGACGCAUCGUACCGUUUCCAAGCGUGCUGGAAUUGGUGAUCGGCGAAAAGAUCGUUAAAGACGCAAAACUUCCCAACAAUGUAUGCUCUGAGUGUAAAGGGAAGCUACGGGACCUUUAUCUCUUUGUUGGCAUGACACAAAAAUCGAACAAACUGCUGUACGAAAUAUUUAACGUUCAACCCUCCCGCCUAGCAAAUACAAUCAAACACGAUACCAAGCAUGCGGAAAGCCAAACAGAAACAUUAGAAAAAUCGGUGUUUAAUACACUUCCGAAGAAUGUUAGCAUGAAAGAGAUCGGAACGCAAUGUGCAAAUAAUACUGCCGACAUGUGUUGCCAAACGGACGCACAAUAUGUACUGGAAAAUGCGGAAAUUGUGCCUAACGAAGUCGUUAAAAUUGAUGAAAACGAGUUAAUUACACCGAUCAUCAUAGACGAUGAAGAAGCCAAGCCUACUACAGAAAACGAGCUUUUCCGCGAAAGUUCUAUCGAAUGCACAUUGAUGAACUUUGAUGAUAAUGCUGACGAUGAGGAUGAUGAUGAUGAUGAUGGAGAGAAUAAGUACGAAAUGGUCCUUCUGGCAAAUACGGAAACAAAUACGGAUGAAUGUUUUACAAUUCGUCCCGUAAAGGUCGAACGUAAGCAGCAAAUCGAUCGGUCACAAAUGAUAAUUUCUAGCACUGAGCCAGCGACAACAGGAUCAAUGCCGAGAACCCUACUGUCUAAGCCUACGAUUGAUUGGGAAAAGAAACCUGUGGCACGACAAUUACGAGGCAAAAAAGCACACUGCAGCUACUGCAACUGGAACGGCCGUCGAGCAGCAGUAGAACAACAUUUUCAGGUUCACAAAGAAACAUUCGAGCUUUGUCUAGAUUCGAACGACUACUAUCGAUGCAGCGAUUGUUUUACGGUGUUUAUAUCCCAGAUCCACUUUAUUGAGCACUUCUCUACGAGUUGCAACCGUGUGCCAGCCGAUAACUACGUUUACCACCCGGAUCUCAACAAGCACGAAUCAUUUUAUCAUAAUGGGCUCGAUAUAUGCGUACCAAGGUUGAAAACGUUCAAAAAAAUCGGUAACAAAUAUCAGUGCGGCCGUUGCAUAAAGCAUAUUUCAAACAGCUUCGAUGCAAUGCGCCCACACUUGCUGUCCCACGAAGCGGAGGACGAUAAGUCAGACGACGUGGAGUUACUUUGGAAAAGGAACCAUCUUCACAAGAUCCACGUGUGCGGUAUAUGCAAGGUUCAGUUUCCUGAUGCAACCUACAUACGGCAGCAUCUUUACUUUCAUCAAGACUCGUUCAUCUGCAUUUACGGCUGCGGAAUCAUCUUUGUUAGCUUUCUGGAGAUGACUAAUCACAUCGAAAGUAAACAUAUGCAAGGUCGCGAAAGCAUUGCGGAAGCCAACGUGGCUGAGGAUAGCGCACCUGCGGAAAACUAUCAGUGCACACAGUGCGGCAAAACACUUGCCAGUGCUGAGUCACUGAAGAACCAUAUAAAAAAUCACACACGUAGAUACGUUUGCACUGAAUGUAACAAAUGUUUUGGCCAGAAAAGCGACCUCACCAAUCAUUGUCGCAUUCACACGGACGAUCGGCCGUACGCGUGCAAGCUGUGCGAUAAGAGAUUUCGCACCAACAGCCAUGUUCGGGAUCAUAUGUUUACGCACGAGAAUGUUAACAAAUACGAGUGCGAUGUAUGCCACAAGAUGUUCAAGGCCAAACGUAUCCUGGCUGCACAUGCCCGGCUGCAUGGAGGAGACAAACCGUAUCAGUGCAAACUUUGUUACAAAUGUUUCUCCCGCAAACAGCACCUCAUAUCGCACCAAAAAACACACUUCAAACCAAGCAGUUCCGGUACAGCUUCUAAACCGGAGAAAGCAACGAAACGUUCUCCGUGA